AUGUCUAACAUUACGUUGCAAGUGUCAUACGGUCAUUUAACCAAGAAGAUAACAUGUUUGAAGACUCAAACGGUGAAUCAGGCUACAGGAAUGGCGAUGGACAAGUUUCUGUUGAAUCAAAGUGAAUUGGAGGGUAAGCUUUUGUACCAGAGGAAAGUAUUGGAUACUUCCUUACCCUUACGAUUCACUAACGUGAUUAAUAAUAGUAAAGUUGAACUACAAGUAAAAGAAGUCUCUAAUAAGACGGUAUCUGCCAGUGCUGGGGGUUCUAAAGUUGAUAUAAAGUUAAUAGUAGCUGGUGUGCCUACGGCUAGACCACAAUACUUGUUGAAAGAUAUAGACACAAGUCUUCUGUUGAGUCAAGUUGUACAAGAGUUUGAAAAGGCCAAUUCUGGUUUGAAAUUGCCAUUAACAGAGUCACAAACGAAUGAUAUUAAGAUUGAAAUGAUCCUUGUUGAUCAAAAAAUCCCCUUGUCGCAGUUCAAUUCUACUGUACUUGGUACGGUGAUUGGCUCAGGAGUUAAGAAUUUUGUAGUAAGAUUGAAUUACUCCAAUAAUGAAGGUGCUGCUGAACGAGAACUUCAUCAGCAGCAAAUUGUUCGGACACAAUUAGAACAACAGAGACAGACUAAUGUCAAACGGAUGGAAGAAGAACAUCUUCACCGAGAACAAUUAAAAGAGGAGUUGAAACGGCAAAAGUUACUUGAAAGGCAAAGGGAAGAGGCACAGGAGAAAGAGAAUCGUAUGGAAUUAGACCCGAAUGUAUUGCCAGUCGAUAAAAAUACUAUUCAUAAUGAGUCUCGGAUAGUCCGUCGGAACAGCGGCAGCGAACAGGAACAAAGCGCAAGUGUCAAUGCAAGUGAAAAUGAAAGCGCAAUAAAUACGAGGCUUAUUGAUGACGCCCUACAACUUAAUAUAGAGAGUGAUACUCAAUUGUAUAAGCCUGGAAAUCAUCCAACGACACUUUAUGAGAAUCCAGAUGAUGACUAUGAGAUGACUGUGAGUCAAGCUAAACAAUAUUACAGAAUGGUUCAACAAAAAGGUAAUGCAAAGCCUGCCAAAAUUCCUAAACCGGUAACGCAUUACAGUAUACGGUUAAGAUUCCCCGACCGGAAUAUUAUACAAUUCAAUUAUGAACAAAAGGAACUAUCAAAUUUGAAGUUGGGGACUUUAUUAAAGAGAAUUGAUCAAAUAUUAUUACCGGAAUAUGUCAAUCAUUACAUAAUAAAGUUCCCGGAACCACCAUUCAAAGUCUUAUCAUUUACAUUUGACACAAAUAAUAAACUAUUAUUGGAGUUCCCAGAAUUUCAAACUGAACGUAUCUUAUUACUUUGGGAACUUAAAGAUACCUCUUUAUCACGUAAGGGGCCAUUUGUUAAAGAAGAAUCUAUUGCUACUAUCAAGAAUUCCAAUGAAAGGGCCGAGAUUGUCAUUGAAGAAAAUAGAUCGUUAUUACCAGACGAUGAAGUUGAUGAUAAUAAUAAGAAAAAGACUACCACCAAUUCUUUUGAAUCUAAUUCAUCAUCUACUUUCAAUUCCACCAAAAACCCCAAAGAUGAGAAUGUCAAUGAUAGAGUCCCUCGUUGGAUGAAAUUAAAUAGAAAAUAA